AUGUAUUUCAAGGAUUUCUUGGCAAACACAGCGCUGUCCUAUGGAGUAGACAACUUUGUUGCACCAAACUGCGUUCCAACGAAGCUGUUGAAGACCUUUAGACUGGACAGUUUGUUCUUCCGAGUGACCAGGAAUAUAAUUCGCGUACAUAUAUUGGAGGCAGAAAAUCUGAUUUCGGAAGACUCUGGGAAAUUCUGUCCCUACGUGGUGAUAAGUGGUGCACAACAGAAAGGCAAAACACAAGUUGCCAAGAGAAGCCAUAACCCAUCUUGGAACCAGGCAUUUGAGAUGAGGUUUAAUGAUCUCCCAAUGCAGGAGAUUGAAAUUGCUUUAUUCCACCACGGCAAAGGGAGAGAUAGAUGUUUGAACAGGUGGAAGUUCCACGUGGAAGAAGUCGUCUCCCAGAAAGUCAUAGAUAAGGUAGGAGUUUAAAUGAUAAUGGCAGGGGCAUUUCUCCCACGUCUAGGGGGACACGGGGACCGUGGGGUAAAGGACCCUCCCAUCAGGAGGCAGGACACUG